AUGGAGGACCUCUAUAGCCUCAGUGGCACUUGCCAGACCAUGCGCACGGCGUGCAUGGAGUGCGUCGUGAGGAGCCCCGUAGCGCUAGAGCGGGAGGGAUCCAUGAAGUGGCUCGUCUUCACGCAGGGCCGCACGGACCCCGUCGGCACUGCCUGCCUCAGACAGGUGGCCGCCGCUGACCACAAGGUGGCUGCCUACAUGCUCGGUGUCCUCCUCUACGGGGACAACGAGGCCGAGCAGUACAUCAGGAAGGUGGAGGGCGAGGACGUCGCCCACGGGUGCAAGCCGGAGGCUAGCAGGACCAACCGGGAGUGCGUGAGGUGCUGCGAGUAA